CAUGAUUCGCACAGACAAGGACGAGUUCUUCAUUGAGCCUCAGGAGAAGGGCAGUCAGGAGGAAGACGGAGGCAGGACACAUGUGGUAUAUCGCAGAGCAGCUGUCAAGAAGCCACUUCUCACUGAGAACUCAGAUAUCCAAUAUAAAGCAGCUGAUCUGAGUAAUCUGGAUAACCUUGUCAGUAUGCUGAGCCUCAUUGAAGACCAAGUAAAUAGCUCAAGAAAGAGAUAUCGGAGGCAUGCGACUGAUGAUGACUACAACAUUGAAGUUCUCCUGGGAGUUGAUGACUCAGUUGUACAGUUCCAUGGAAAAGAACAUGUACAAAAGUACCUUUUGACCCUCAUGAAUAUCGUGAAUGAAAUCUACCAUGACGAGUCCUUAGGUGCCCACAUUAAUGUUGUUUUGGUGAGGAUAAUCAUGCUGAGCUAUGGGAAAUCCAUGAGCUUAAUAGAGAUUGGGAACCCUUCCCAGAGUUUGGAGAAUGUAUGUCACUGGGCCUAUCUACAACAGAAGCCUGACACUGCACAUGCAGAAUAUCAUGACCAUGCUAUUUUUCUCACAAGGCAGGAUUUUGGUCCAUCUGGCAUGCAAGGCUAUGCUCCAGUUACUGGAAUGUGUCAUCCUGUACGAAGUUGUACCCUCAACCAUGAAGAUGGUUUUUCCUCUGCAUUUGUGGUGGCCCAUGAAACUGGGCACGUAUUAGGCAUGGAGCAUGAUGGUCAGGGCAACAGGUGUGGGGAUGAGGUCCGAAUGGGGAGCAUCAUGGCCCCUCUUGUCCAGGCUGCAUUCCAUCGCUUCCACUGGUCUCGCUGUAGCCAACAAGAGCUGAACAGAUAUCUACAUUCCUAUGAUUGUCUGCGUGAUGAUCCUUUUGAACAUGAUUGGCCUUCCCUUCCCCAGCUGCCAGGAAUUCACUACUCCAUGAAUGAGCAGUGCCGUUUUGAUUUUGGUUUGGGCUACAUGAUGUGCACAGCUUUCCGUACGUUUGAUCCCUGCAAGCAGCUGUGGUGUAGCCAUCCCGAUAACCCUUAUUUCUGCAAAACAAAGAAGGGACCACCACUGGAUGGGACUAUGUGCGCACCUGGAAAGCACUGCUUUAAAGGUCACUGCAUCUGGUUAACUCCAGAUAUCUUGAAACAGGAUGGAAAUUGGGGAGCAUGGAGUAAGUUUGGCUCCUGUUCUCGAACCUGUGGUACAGGGGUAAAAUACAGGACACGGCAAUGUGACAAUCCACACCCAGCUAAUGGAGGCCGUACGUGCAUGGGGCCAACCUAUGAGUUCCAGCUUUGCAACUCUCAAGAUUGUCCUCAGGAUUCUGAUGAUUUUAGAGAGGAGCAGUGUAGACAAUGGGAUCCUUACUUUGAAUAUCAGAAUACGAAACACCACUGGCUCCCAUAUGAGCAUCUCGAUGUUAAAGAAAGGUGCCGCCUGUACUGUGAGUCCAAGGAGACUGGUGAUGUCGUGUAUAUGAAACGAAUGGUACAUGAUGGAACCCGCUGCUCAUAUAAAGAUUUUUAUAGCAUCUGUGUGCGAGGGGAUUGUUUGAAAGUUGGAUGUGACAGGGUAAUAGGUUCCUCUAAGCAAGAGGAUAAGUGUGGUGUCUGUGGUGGAGAUAACUCUCACUGCAAGGUGGUGAAAGGAACAUUCUCCAGGACACCAAAGAAACCAGGGUACAUUAAGAUGUUUGAAAUUCCUGCUGGUGCAAGGCACUUGCUUGUACAAGAAACAGAUGCCACCAUUCAUAAUCUUGCAAUUAAGAACCAAGAAACAGGGAAAUUCAUUUUAAAUGAAGACAACUAUGUACCGGAUUCUAAAGUAUUUGUUGACAUGGGUGUGGAAUGGGAAUACCGGAAUGAUGAUGAUAGAGAAACAGUGCAGACCAUGGGGCCUUUGCGCAAUGGUAUAGUCAUUCUGGUGAUUCCUCAUGGUAGUGCCAAGGUUUCUUUGACUUACAAAUACAUGAUCCAUGAAGACUCCUUAAAUGUAGAUAACAACGUUUUGGAGGAUGAUUCAGUAACAUAUGAAUGGGCUCUGAAAAAAUGGUCCCAGUGUUCAAAACCCUGUGGAGGAGGUAAUCAGUUUACGAAAUAUGGUUGCCGGAGGAGGACAGACCACAAGAUGGUUCAUCGGAGAUACUGCGAGAGGAUCCAAAAGCCAAAGCCUAUUCGCAGAGUGUGCAAUCCGCAGGAAUGUUCCCAACCAAUAUGGGUUACAGGAGAUUGGGAGCCCUGCAGCAAAAGCUGUGGAAAAACAGGAUAUCAAGUACGUUCUGUACGGUGUAUCCAACCGCUACAUGACAACACAAAUCGUUCUGUUCAUACCAAAUAUUGCAACAAUGAUCGUCCAGAAGGCAGAAGGUCUUGCAAUCGAGCACUUUGUCCUGCCCAGUGGAGGAUAGGACCCUGGUCACAGUGCUCUGUAACUUGUGGAAAUGGCACACAGGAACGGCAGGUUUUGUGCCGGACUAGAGACAAUGCUAGUGGCUAUUGUAAAGAUGACAAACCGGAAACAAUGAGGAUAUGCAGACUAUCUCUAUGCCCUAGAAAUGUUUCUGAUCCAUCAAAGAAAACCUAUAUGAUACAAUGGCUGUCAAGACCAGAUAGAGAUUAUCCCAUCCAGAAAAUAUCUUCAAGGGAACGUUGCCAAGGAGACAGGUCCAUGUUUUGUCGCAUGGAAGUUCUCUCUCGUUACUGUUCAAUGCCUGGUUACAAUAAGCUGUGUUGCAAGUCCUGUAACAUGUACAACAACAUAACAGAGGAUGGUAAUGUAACUGAUUCUAACCUAAAUAAGAACGACAUUGAGGAGGAUCUCCUACCUACCCUUACUCCUCCUACUGGGGUGGUUGUCAUGCAGGCUACUGUUAGUCCUCCUCUUGUUCUCAAAUCAAACGCCACCCAUUCCAAUGCAACUGAGGACCACUCAGAAAUUAAUGCAGUAGACGUGCCAUAUAAAAUCGAUGUACUGGACAAUGAAGUACCGCAGCACAACCUCAUCCCCCGGAGGAGGCUGACUUACGAAAAGACAAAGAACCAAAGAAUUCAGGAGCUGAUCACUGAGAAAAGAAAAAGAGAGACUAUUAGUAAGCUACAUUAAAAUGGAAAUACGGCACAAACGACAUUUUUUUCUCUUAUAGAGAUGUUACCGCCACCAUAGUAAUGCCCAUGUCAUAAAAACUAGAAAGAAAAAAGCGGUGCUAUGGCAGAAAUGCCAAAUCCUAAUGCCUAAACAAACAGAAAUGUAAGAUCGUUUCAUAAUGCUAGUAUAAACAUUUCAAGGCUAGGUUUACAGGGUGCUAUAACGUACUAGUGCAAUAUCAGUACAGUAUUUCACUGAAUCCAAACAAACCUAUUACCUAGCCCAGAUCAGCAGGUUUAUUGAUUAUGGGCUCUUUUCACCCCUCAAUGCAUUGCAUAACUCCUAGGGAAUGUGAAUGGGAGUUACAUUGAACAGGGAGGAGAACAGACCCCAUUACCUACAAAUGCCUUUAAUAGUGACAGUCAGUUGAUCAGGAGAAGCAUUGCAUCAAACCGUACACUAAAUUACUUCCAGAUUCAGGAAGGUAUUUAAGAACAUGCAUGACUUUAAACAUGCAAGUAGUCCCACUGCCUUAAAUGGAACUAUUCUCAUGACUACACUUACAUGGACACUUGUAAGAUCCCAGUUGAGAAAGGUACACAUUUGAGAUUCUUUGUACAACCAUAUAUUUAAUCUCAGUUCAGAACUGAUAAUCAGUAGUUUGCAUGUUCCCAUAAACAAUUUCAAAGCAUUUUUCUAAGCAUUUGCAUCUAUAAAAAUUAUUUACUAUUUGACUGGACCUAUUCAAUUUAGACUGACAAUGUCCUAGUCUUUUGAAUGUCUUUAUUUCAUAAACUCCUGUAAUACAAAAUCCCCAAUGGUUUUAGUUGACAUUCUUUUCGGUCUACAUUUUAUCCACACUCUGUUUAACUUAAAAUGACUGGAGUCUCUUUUCCUUUCCUUUCCUUUGGUGCUUCAUGAAGAAAGCGUAAUUGUGUGUGUUAACAUUUUCCAUGGUACAAUGUUAUGUCAUUCUGAAGGAAAACAAUGUGUAUUAUCAGUCUUUCCUAAGGACAGCUCUGGUGCAGCAGAAGUGAACAAUUGUUCAUCAUGCUUAUAUAUAAACAUGUACCAAGUUUGCUUAGAUCUUAGAGAUGUGUAGCCUGACAGGCCUUUGAGUACUUCCUUUCCCUGCAAUAUCUUCUGAUAGCUGAGGGCCUACAUAAGCAACCUCACCAUUUUCCAUAGCUCAUUUUGGAUGGCUGGUAGGCAGAAGACACAUUCAACUUGGUGGUUUGUACCUUUUGGUGAGGCAUGCCUGCUUGCAAAGGUAAGGAUGUUACCAGCCCACUUACAGGAUAACUAAUGUGAAUAGUAGGUACUGAGCAUUUGAGCCAAAGACCACUAAGAUCAGUGGAAAGGCUCCCAUUGACUUCUGUGGGUUUUGCAAACCCUGGAAUAUUGUAGGAGUAGGAAUUAAAAUCUUUGUGGGUGUGAGGUUUUUUUAAUUUUCCUCUUGCCUACUGCGUUGACCUUCCCAUGUCUGCUCAAGCUUGUUAAUAUUUUCCAGGGGAUAAGGUCUCUUUGAAACUGUCAUUUCAUAUAGAAAAGACAGGCAGGGAUUAGCCCACCUUGAUACUGCCAGUUCACAUAGAAAAGGCAAUUGAGAGGUGGCAAAAUGCUCUCAAUUCAAGUUUUUGAUCUUGAAGUGAGACCAUGACCUUGUAUCUUCUCAGUUGCACAGCUAGUUUGGGCAUGUGCUAAAUUCCCAAUGCGUAUAAGAUGCUACAUAGCUUAGUUGCUGCUGAAGCAAUGUUGAACCUGGCAGCCAGGCCCUCACUGAAAAGCAAACCACAACAGAGUUUCUGCUGUCCAUGAUGGAGCCCCCAGUGCUGCUUUUAAAUGUUGUGAGUGAAUGGGUCACCUAGCUUCCAUUGCAGUAUCCCAGUUUAGAUUGGAAAGAGACAGCACUAAAAGUAGCCUGAGUGCACUGAAUUAUUGAAACCAGCAGCUGAAUCUAUGCCCAGAAAUUGUUGAAAGGACAAGAGCCAAGGUUUAACAAAAAUAAUUUACAAAGAAUAUUAGACAAAGUAGUAGAGAAGGGGCCAAUUUUAUCCCUGUUGUAAUGCCAUCAGCUCACUUCCUCACAGGAUGAUGUGGAGGUCAAUUCAAAGUAAUGCUUCUGAAGUGAAAGGGGCAUAUAUAACAGCCUAAAUUGAAAGAAGUUACAUCAGGGCUUGAUAUAGGUAAAGACUCUUGUAACAUCCCUGUGCUCUCAGGUUUCAGUGUUCCAAGUAUUAGCUCAAGCCAGAGAGGCUCAAGGAGCUACGAUGCAUUAGCAGACUCUGAAACCUCCUUAAAGGGGCUAACUGCUAAAGGGGAACAAAGAUCCACACUCUUCCCAUAUACACUGUUCUUACACAACCUCUUCCAUUCUUUUCCUACAAUGGCCUCUUCUCUUGGGGCUGGUAGGAGAAUGUUCCAUUAAAGCAGGGGUUUCUUUUUGGUUCUAAAAAACAAAAUUAAAGGUCCAGAUUGUAUACUAACGCAGGCCAGGUUGGUGUAUGUGUUUAGUCAGUUGGUUGAAUUAAUGGCUCAGAUGAAGAUAAGAACUCAGAGAAGGGAAGAGCUGUCUUGGAGAUCUACCUAUCUCAUAGAAUGGGAAGGGACCCCAAAAGUUCAUGGAGUCUAGCCCC